GAUGGGAGGUCGACUGCCGCAGCUUCAGUUCGCUGCGCUGCUUCUCUGCGUGUCUGUUGCGUCACGAUCUGGAAGCCUAUAUCUUCCGACGCAAGGAGGAGUGCACUGGGCUAGGAACAAGCUGUCAGGCAGUAGCAUCAGCAAUGUCCGUGAACAUGACCUCCAGGGUUCAAACACUCAGACAAGCUUGAGGUUGCGGGGAGGAAAGAUAGCUGAAUCCUCCUUCGUUGGCAAAGUGUACAUCCCAGACAACUUGACGAUCGAGUGGGAUGGGAAGAUAGAGAACUGCAAGUGCAUGCAGGGAUGCGUCUGCGAUCAUUGCGCCAAGCGCGACAAGCUCGACGAUCUGGAGUUCAACAGGAUUCCCAUCUUCGAUUACAAGCCAAAGCUCGACGAGGAGCUUUGGUCUCGCAAGAUGCCUGCUUCUCCGCAGGACUACCAGGACGAGCCUGAGGUACUUAACGUCUCCACAUUGGAGGAGCUUUCCCGAGCCGUGUUUGAAAAUGAAGAGAGGGAAAUUUUCCCCAGGAGGCAACUUUUCUUUGCACGUGCCCACAUCAUGUGGGAGAACCGCACUCUUGACGAGGAGACAGACAACUGGCUAGGGGUCUAUAACCGGAGUUUACAUCUAGAGGGGCAAUGGACCAUGGAACCUGCUGCCGGCUCAACGAAACUUCGGCCAGUCCUGCACUCGUUCCUCUGGGGCGGGUGGGCUUUGUCGGCUCGAACCUC